AUGGAGAAGAAAUCAGAUCAAAUGCAAUCAUCUGAUUACUAUUUUGAUUCAUAUGCACACUUUGGAAUCCAUGAAGAUAUGCUUAAGGACAGAGUUCGUACAUUAUCAUACAAGAAUGCAAUUUUAACAAAUCCAGGUCUUUUCAAGGAUAAAAUCAUACUUGAUGUCGGAUGCGGAACAGGAAUUCUAUCCAUGUUUGCUGCAAAGGCUGGCGCAAAGAAAGUCUAUGCUGUUGAGAAAUCAAGUAUUGUCGACUAUGCACGUGAAAUCGUCAACAUCAAUGGCUUUGGAGAUGUAAUUACUAUCAUGCAAGGUACUAUUGAAGAAAUUGACCUUCCAGAAAAGGUAGACGUAAUUAUCAGUGAAUGGAUGGGAUAUUGCUUAUUAUACGAAUCAAUGCUUCCUUCUGUCAUCAGUGCUCGCGAUAGGUUCCUUAAGGAAACUGGUACAAUGUUCCCAAACAAAGCUCAAAUCUACAUUUGCGGAAUUGAAGAUGCAGAGUACCGUGCUAAGAAAAUAGACUUCUGGGACAAUGUUUACGGAUUCUCCUACGCUCCGAUCAAGAAAUGGGCCUUACUUGAGCCUCUCGUCGAAACAUGUCCAACAGAAAGAAUUAUUACCGACGAAUACAUGCUUGCUGACUUAGAUUUGAACAAAUGUUCAGUCCAAGACCUUACAAUUACAUCGAAGUUUACUUUAAUACCUACAGAUGCCCAAUUAUUGCACGCAUUCAUUACAUGGUUUGAUGUUGAGUUCGAAGGACCAGAAAAUACAAUAACCUUAUCAACAUCACCAUACAAGAAGGAGACACAUUGGGCUCAGACCAUUUUCUACCUUCAGAAUCCUUUAAACGCUGAUCCUGACACUCCAAUCACAGGAAAGUUCUAUAUGGAGCCAAAUAUCAAGAAUCCAAGAGAUCAGGACUUCCUACUUGAAUGGAGUAAUGGAGAAGAAAGCGCUUCUCAGCUUUACAAGAUGAGAUAA